CAUUUCUUUAGACCACUUCGGACACUACCACCAGCUAAGAACUUUCUUUCUCCUCUGAAUUUUUUUAUUUUGCUUUGAGAAUUUUCACAUUUUCAGCUUGAAAUUCUACUUUUUCAUACAUUUCCAACACUGGAUGUAACUUUCAUUGGAAUACAACAAGUGUAACUGUUUCUUUGGAGACACCUGCUUCAGAUAGUUCUAACUACUCCUACUUUCUCUAAAUACACAAUUUUGCACAACCUAAAACUGUAGGAUUAUUGAAAUACCUGUAGCAUGGAUUGACUCUCAUUGUAAUACUAUGGACAUGUAUGCCAGAAUGCUAUAUGUUAUCCUAAAGUGAACCAUUUUCAAACUUACUCCAUUAAGAACUUCAAACUUCAUUCAAAGGAAAGUCAUGAGGCAUUGCAGUCCUUAUUGGAUCUUACUACUCAUUCUCUGGACUUUAACCACUGUUGCUGAUGCUGCAGGAUCUUCUUCCACUUCUUCUGACAGAGGACUUGGAAGGAACCAGAGGAGAGACAAAACUGGUGGAGGAGCGGAGAAGAAGAGGAGGCUGCACAGGAUCCAACACGGACAGUGCAGUUACACAUUCGUGCUGCCGGAACUGGAAAGUUGUCAGGGAAGAGGACAGGUCCCUGGGGUGAGACCGGGAGCCAGUGUGGUCCAGAGAGACUCCCCCACGACCCAGGACUCGGACUGGUCCACGCAGAAGAUACAGAGGCUGGAGAGCACCAUGGAGAACAAUACACAGUGGCUGCAAAAGUUGGAAAACGUCAUCCAGAGUAGUUUAAAGCCAGACAUCUCAAACAUCCGGUCUAACUCCGUUCACAACCAGACAGCAACCAUGUUGGAAAUCGGCACAAAUCUCCUCACGCACACAGCCGAGCAGACCAGGAAGCUCAACGUGGUGGAAGCAAAGGUUUUGAACCACACAUCUCGAAUAGAAAUCCAACUUCUGGAGAACUCUCUGUCCACAAACAAGUUGGAAAAGGAGCUGUUACUGCAGACCACAGAGAUCAGCCAGCUCAGAGACAAGAACAGUCGUCUGGAAAGCAAGGUGGCGCUGUUGGAGUCCCAGCAGAGAGGAGAGCUGGAGGACAUGAGACAGGAGAAGAACAGACUGCAGUCUAUAGUGCGGACUCAGAUGGCAGCGAUCGAGGCAUUGGAGAGACAGCUGAGAGUCGCCAGCACCAACAACUCAGCUCUGCAGAGACAACAGGCCCAGCUCAUGGAGUCUGUGCACACGCUCAUCAACAUGGUCACCAGCACCGCAGCGCCCCCUCUCAGGAGCCACGUGUGGAGAGACUGUGCAGAUGUUUACAGAGCAGGUCACUCCAUCAGCGGAGUGUACCACGUCUACAUCAGCAACAGGACACAGCCAGUACAAGUGUUCUGUGACAUGGAUACGGCCGGUGGGGGCUGGACACUGUUCCAGAGGCGGAGUAAUGGCAGUGUGGACUUCCAGAGGAGCUGGAGGGAGUACAAGAUGGGCUUUGGUGAGGUGUUGGGGGAGCACUGGCUGGGUAAUGAGGUGGUGCAUCAGCUGACAUCACAGGGACAAUACAGCCUCAGAGUGGAGCUGCAGGACUGGGAGGGGAACAGCGGGUACUCCCAAUACGACCGCUUCACACUGGCCAGCGAGAGACAGCAGUACAGGUUGUACCUGCGGGGCUACAGUGGUACAGCGGGCAGACAGAGCAGCCUGGCCACACACGGGAUGGGCUUCAGCACCAGAGACCAGGACCACGACAACUGUGACCACUGCAAAUGUGCCCUCAUGCUCACUGGAGGUUGGUGGUUCGACGCUUGUGGUUUCUCCAACCUGAACGGAAUCUACUACUCCAUCGGCCACAACAUCCGCAAACUCAACGGGAUCAAGUGGCACCAUUUCAGAGGGCCCAGCUACUCCCUGAGGUCCACCACCAUGAUGGUCCGGCCCUAUGACUUCUAAUGCGUUCACUGAAUCUAAAAACAAAACACAACGGUACACCCAGGGUACAAGACAGACGCCAAGCCUAACGGCCACCCCUUUCAAUGUGAUACAGGAGAACAGAACAUUCUAUGAUAUAACCAACAUUCUUCAAACUAUCUAGAUAAUAAUAUGCUUUGGUAACUUGUCAAAAUGGUACUUGGACUUAUUUUGGAGCAAGGAAGAACAAAUGUUACUGUAAAUAAGUUAUAUAUAUGUGUAAAGAUUUUAAUAACCAGGGUUUCAAUGUUUUAUAAUUUAAUCAUUCAUCUGUAAAUGGCCUUUCCAAGUGAAUUUAAAGCUACCAUCUGUAAAUUCCAAUACAAUACAUACCUUGAUACAUAGGCCAAGAUACGAUACAUAUUUCAAUACAGUGAGCUUUCGAUUUGAUACCAUAUACUGUAUUUCAAAUCGAUUAUAUGGUUAAGUAAAAAUAAUGGCUAAAUCAUGGAUACUAAAAGUCUUUGUUGAACCACUUCUUGUCCAGUCAAUAUAAAACACACCAAUUUUAAUCAUAAAAACAGUGAAAAUGUCAAAUGUGUCACAUAAAUGAGUUUCCUUCCACUAAACAAACAACAAAACUGUAGCUCUGUAACAAAGUAAUUUUGUAAAAUAUAUACCAAAAUAAAUACUCUAGGCAAUAUAUCGAUACAGCAGCCCAUGAUAUCAAUACUGUAUACAUUAAACAAUACGAUAUAUCGAUAUUCUGAUAUUUUUGCACACCCCUACCCCUCACCUGGGGUAGGGGUAGGGCUAUUUUUUAAUUUUAUUUUAUUUUUUAUUAAGUUAUUAACAAAUUAUAAUACACAAAUUAAUAGGCAACUUACAAAAGGAAAACGAACAAAAAGAAAGAAUAUGAGCAAAAACAUAAUUAGGGCUUCCCAUAUAAAUAAUAUAAUUUAACAGCAAUAAAAUAAUUCAUUAAUGCAAAAGCUUUACAAAAAAGAAAAAAAAAGAAAAAACUCAUUGAAAAAGACAGCACCUGGCCUUUGUUCGGGCUCACCUGUGCUCUCUGGUCUUCUGUCAGACCAAAGCUGGCACACUAUCAGACAGCUGUAAUGAAGAUAACAUCUAGUGGUGAAGGGUGAGAAUACAACAAGAGCUGGACAAAUCUAAUUACAGAUGGUAGCUUUAACUUAGCCAAUAAAAAGGUGGUUUUGUACACAAGAGAAAAUAAAACUGGUUCCUGUAGCUCACUGCAAAAAGAGUUCUUAGUAAGGUUACGGUAUACUGCAAUCAAACAAUCAAAUGAUAAUAUAAUGUGGAUGAAAUAUGGAAAAUACAGGAAGAUUGUGUACUGGCUGAUCAAAGGACUGAGUGCUUCAUAAUGAACUAUGGUGACCCAGGAAGGACAAGAUUCUUAUAUGGACAAAUUGUUCAUACAAAACACGGCACUUUGUCCAUGUUAUCACUGGCAGCUAAUAGAUGUUUAUGCAUGGACAAUGAUAAUAUUCUUGUGUUCCUGUAACUUUCUUCAGUGCAAAGUUGGAUUUUAUUACUAUGGAACAAAAAAAAAAAAAAAAAAAAAAGAGAGAGAGAGAGAAAAAGCAGAAAAAAAAUGCUUCUGUCACUUCCAGAGACACAGAUACCACAUUCACAUGCCCCUCUUGUAAUAAGAUGUCCAGAAUUUAAACAGCCAUCAGUGAAUUUAUCAAAAAAAUUGUUGCAAUGGACUUCAGCAAGCAAGCAAGCUAUGGGACACAAUCUGAACUGUUCUGUUAUGUUAUGGGAAUUUCCAGUUCAAGCAUUGGAAAUACAAUUUUUUUUUUUUUUUUACAUUAUCUGCACAUAAUAAUACUGUCACAUGUGAACUGAUUUUUAUAUUGUGUACAAUGAACUUGUUUCUGUAAAUAACUAUGUAUGUUCUGAUGUUACAGUUUGCAUUUUCUGAUGUGUAAUUGCCUGUGAAUGAAAGCCCAAAAAAGAAGAACAAGAUAAGGAACUAUUGUGAAGCAGUGGGUCUACAGGAGUGCGAAAGGAUGCCUCAUUUAAACAUAAAUCAGGCAGGUUAAAUAAUGAGACUUAAGGAUGUGAAACCAGUGAAACGACAUCACAGUGAAAGUUGCAUGGGGACAUUGUUUUGUAAUAUAAAUUACAGCAUCAUGUUUUGGAUGUUACUGUGUCAUGCAACUGUCUUUACUAUGCACUUUAACAAAAACUGUAAGCUUUUUAUAAGAGAAUAGACUAACUUUUAAUUUAGCCAACAAAUAUAUUUUGUACAUUGAAAUAUGAAGACCUACCGCUACUUUUCUAGAACA